CCCUCUUUGCAGAGUGUAGAAAAAGAGCCCAAUACGCAACCGAGUGGUGGGGCUGGUGGAUGCUGGUGGGACUGGGACUCCGACUGGAGUUCCCAGUGGGGCUGGAGGACCUCCCAGCAGGAGGAGGCCUCUUCCAGCCAGGCACCGAAGGGUGCCAAGGGGAGCGGAGCAGCCGAAGCUCCAGCUCGCCCGCGCCGCCCUCUCCGCACAGCAGCCCCAGGCGAAGACCGGGGCAGACCAGCCCAAAGGGCAGCCGAGCCCGAAAAGGGCAAAGGCAAAACCGGCCCGAGUGUGGGCCGCCCCGCCUCGGAGUCAGGGAGCCGAACCCCCCGUCGCGGGGAGAAGGGAGCGGGGAAACCCACCAAGGGCAAGCCUGCCAAGGGAGCUGCGCAGCCCGCAAAGGGCAAGGCAGCCCAAGCUAAGGGAGCAGAGCAGCCCGCAAAGGGCAAGCCAGCUCAAGCAGGCAAGUCCGGCAAGGGCAAGCCUGCGACCCAAGAGCCUGCACAAGGUUCUGGGAAAAAGAAGAACCACCGAGGUGGUCGUUCCGAAGCGGCCCGCGCCAACCGCGAGGCCCGCGGCGCUGAAAGGCGCGAAAGAGAGGGUACAGACCCGGUCGUCCUCGUAGAGGGCCCGGGGACUGAUAUCCCAGAGCCGCGCACCCCGGAGCAAGCUCCUCCAGGUGCCGGCCAGGAGAUUCAGAGCCCUAGCUCGGAAUCCUCCUUGGACACCGCGCCGGUGCCCAAGGUGCCAGUCUUCACAGGCCCCGCGCCACUCCAGACUUCGGGGGAAGAGGAGCCGGCAGAACGGGUUGCCCCGCCUGCCUCCGCAGAGGCGGCCGUAGAGCCAGCCGAGGAGGCAAAGCCUGCUGGGCAGGAGCAAGCAGCCCCGGUGAGCGGACCCACUGCGGCCGCCCCGGAGGCAGAGCCGGAGGCCAAGCCAAGAAGCGCUCCAGCAGCAAAGGCCCCAACGGUAAAGGCGCCGCGGCCUUGCCUUGGGCCACCGCCUCCGCUUAGGGAGGAACGCAAGGCCGCACAGCCAGGGCCAGCAGAGCCCGAGGCUGCGGUACCUCCCGCGCCUCGGGAGGAAGCUCCAGAGGAGGAGCAAGAGCCCACCUCACCAGGCAGCGGUGAGGAAGAGGGAGAGGAGUCCGAAGAGAGCUCCGAGGGCCAAGGGCCGUGCCAGUUCCUCAACGGACUGAGGCACGCAGCGCGCAACAGGCUAUCUUCGACGCUUCAAGAGAUGAGCCAGCAACCGGCUUAUCCGCCUCCGCAGGGCGACCCCGUGGUCGAGGCUGCGAUUGGUGAGCUGUCGGCCCAGAGACAACAGGGCCUAGCUGCAGCAGCCGCUACGGCGGCAGUCGCCACGGCGGCGCCCGCCCCUGCGUCGCAGGCGAGCGGUGGAGGGCACUUGCUCAAGAGCAUGUAUCCAGCUGAGCUGGAGGUGGCUCGAAAGUGCAAGGUGCCACUCCAAAUGGCAGCCAUGACCGAGGAAGUGCGGACCCUUAGCGUCCGCCUCUUCGGCAUGCUGGGCAGCUGGACCCAGGACUCCGCCACAGCUGUAAAGCUGGCGCGCGGAGUGAAGGGCCAGAAUGGGUUCGAGCUCUGGCGCCUCCUGUGGCAGGAGCACAACCCAGAAAACGAGUCCAAGAACUUCACCUGGAGGCGGACUUUGCUGAUGCCGAAAUUCCCGCCAAAGGAGAGCGACUUCUCCUUGGCUCUGCAGGAAUGGGAGGCAGACGUGGACCGCUACGCCUCCGAGUAUGGCGCAGGGCGCGCCCUAGCAGACGAGGAUCUGCGGGCAGUGCUGGUGACCGAGAGCCCCAACGCUCUUCGGCAACACCUCGCUAUGCACGCGGCGAGUCUUUCGACUUAUGCCGAGGUGAGGGAAGUAGUGGUGAGCUACUUGCAAGCCAAAAUCUGGACCCCGAGUGCGCGCUACGCCGCCUCUUCCCGAAGGGACCCUAACGCCAUGGACAUUGGCAGAAUAGGGGACCGAGACGGAAAAGAAGGGAAGGGGAAAGGCGACAAAGGCAAGAAAGGGGACAAAGACCACAAGAAGGGCAAGGGCGACCACGACAACAAGGGCCAGAAAGGGGACAAAAAGGGGAACCAGCAAGGAAGCAGAGACGGCAAAGACAGAUGCCCCAUCUGCUGGAAAACGGGGGAAAAGGCAAAAGGCAAAGGCAACAAGGGUCAGGUGGCCCAAGUGGCCGACGACGCGGCCACGACGUUGUCAACAGCCUCCUUGGCGACUGCGGGUCCCUCCGCGUCCCAAGCUGGGGGAAGCACCGGCGGCUCUGGCGGCAAAGGCCAGGUACGCCAGGUGCGCGACGACCGCAUCCUAGGUGUGCGGUUUGCCCCGCCUCACGACACCGAGCCAGAGGAGGACAAAAUCCUGAAGGUGUCGGGGAGUCUUCUCGUGGACUCCGGGGCGUGUGUGUCCGUGUGCAGGCCCGAGGCGUUUCCCGACCUGCAGCCCGCGGGCCCACCAAAGAGCCUUUACUCGGUGGACAACAGCCGCCUGAAAACAAAGGGCCGUGUCCAGCCGAGCCUCCUCUUAGGGGAGGAGCGCCAGUCCUGCAAGGUCAACUUUGAGGUGACCGAGGACAUAGAGGACGAAAUCCUCAGCAUCAGCCGUGCUGUUGAGGUGGAGGACGCGGCGAUGGAAGCAGCAGCCGACGAAGAGGCCGAAGCUGCUGAAGAGGAGGAGGCUGCGGGUAACCCCGAACGCGCCGAGCACGAGCUCACUCACACGCCCUACCAGGCGUGGUGCGAGAAGUGCGUGGAGGGAAAGGAAGAGGCGUCGCUUGCCACGGUGCUGAACCUCACAGACAGGGCCACUGGCUGGACUCUGUCAGUUCCCGUGGCGCACAAAGGGCACAGACACGCGGCUUACGCCGCGGGGCUUGUGGAGCAGUUUGUGGAUCGGCUGGGGUACGACAAGUUUACCCUACAGGCCGACCAGGAGAAUGCCAUAGUUCGCACUUGGCUCUCGCAGCUAAGAGCGGACUACCCCGCCUUAGAGUGGGACACUUCGUCCAACUUGUUCCCGUGGCUUGUCAGGCACGUGGCCUGGCUGCAAGCCCGGUUCGGGACCAAGUCGACAGACGGGGUGACACCAUAUCGGGCAGCCACUGGCACCGACUAUGGUGGAGCACUAAUUUGCUCCUUUGGAGAGACCGUUCUAGCGAAGCUCCCAAGGCCCGGGAACAAAGCGCAAGUGCGCUGGGUCAAAGGGGUCUGGGCCGGCAAGCUGGAGCGCGACGACUCCCACGUGGUGCUAACCGAAGCUGGCGCACUCAACGUGAGGAGCGUCAGGCGACUUCCGCCGGAAACCCGGCACCAGACGGCAGCCGUCCUCAAAGCGUGCGGCCUGCCUUGGAACCCCAGAUUUGGCCGCGCAGCGCCAGCAGAGCGCAGCGAGCCGAUGAUGGUGCCAAUCCCUCUGGCCAUGCCGGCCGAGGAAGUGGAGCGGCUAGAACCGCCCGGUGAGCGCUGGCUCUUCAGCGACGGGCCGCGGCCUGACGACGAGGCCCUCUUAGUCGAAGGGGCCGAGCAGGCCAGCAGGCUCCCGGACGCUAGCCACAGCGAGGAGCUAGCCAACGCAGACAUACCGGACUACGAGCCGUCCUGCCGCAGCAAGCGCGCCGCCGCAACCAGCGCGACGGCUCAGGCGAAGGGGGGCAGAAGCGUGUGGCAGCACAUCGCUGCCUUAGCCGACCCGCCGCUCACCCCACCAAGGCGAGCGGGACGCGUGGGCGCUUUCACGCCUGUGCUGCGGUCUGAAGUACCGCGCGGGGCGCAGCUGUUCAGGGCAAAGUGGGUCGAUAAGUGCGACAAAGGAAGGUACAAGUCAAGGUGUACCUGUGCCGACGUUAAGGCCCGCUACAGCCCAGAACAGGAAGCUGGCUUGGACGUUUUCGUCCCAACGCCAACGCCCGAGAGUCACUCCCUACUUGAGGUAGCAGCGCUACACAACGAAGGGUGGGUCACAAGGUCUCUGGAUAUUGCGGCCGCCUUCCUCAUAGGGAAGGACCGCGGUGCGGCGGAAGGCCGCCCGGUCUACAUGCACGUGCCUGUGGAGUGGCGCGAGCUCUUUGACCAAUGGGUCUUGGAGCAGCCUGCGAAGGACCAGCAGUGGUACCGAGACCACUUCCGGGACUUCGUGUUCCGUGUGGACGGCAACCUCUACGGCCGAAGAACGGCUGGGUCCGUCUACAGGGACGAGCUGGAAGAGGUCCUGACUGGCAAGCUCAGCAAGGACUACGACUUCCAGCGGGGCGUGAAGGACCCGUGCGUGUUCCUAGACCGCCGGUCCGGCCUGAUCCUUCUCCACCAUAUCGACGACAUCCCUGUCGCAGGCCCCAAGGCUGCAGUGCUGAAGUUCACGGAGGUGGACCUUCCAGCGCACUGUGAGAUAACGGUGGGAGAACUGGAGGAGCCGGGCACAGCGGUGGAGGUCCUGGGAAAGACCAAGGUGCGCACAGAGGACUCUAUCCUCACGCUGCCCGACAGCAAGCACGCAGAGAAUGUGUGCGAACAGCUGGGCAUCGGUCCAAAAGACAAGGGGACCGUGCCUAGCAGACCUCUAGACCUGACCAAGGUCGAGGAGCUCUCUGCGGGUGACGCCGCGAAGUUCCGCAGCGCCGUGGGUAGUGCUAUCUACCUGUCGGCAGACAGGCGAGACAUACAGUUCGCCGUGAAAGAGCUGGCGCGAAGAAUGCAGAACCCCAGGGUCUGCGACUGGCUCGCUGCGGAAACCCUCGCGCGAUACCUGCGGGCAACCCCGCGGUUUGGAAGAGUGGUUGUGCUGGACCCCGCGUCCAAGAGCACAGCCCUUCUGAACUUGGAGGUCUACUCAGACUCCGACUGGGCGGGGUGCCCAGAAACGAGAAGGAGCACAGACAACAUAGUUGCCUGUCUCGGGGGAGCAGUCAUCCAGACAAGCUGCCAGACACAGCCCGGCCUCCCAGCAACCUCCAGCGGAGACGCGGAGAUCCGGGGAGUGUCGCGAGCAGCAAGGGAGGCCGUCUUCCUACGAGAGCUUGCGGAGAAAGACUUCGCCCUGGCCUGCGGUGUGCCGCGGCUCUGGGCCGACUCCGUGCGGCAAUCCCUGCCCUCCAUGGGCAUGGUGGACCUCGAUGCGGUCGCAGGCGCCACCGAGGCUCUGGCCCAAAAGGGCACGAUCAAGUCGAUCCAGGCAAGCCCCUGGAAAAUGUGCAGACGUGACAGGCAGGAGCCGGAGCCCGAGGAUGAGAUCGAGCACCACGCCGAGCGUGCCGAAGAGCCGCCGCGUGCAGCUCAAAGGGUCCGCCCCCUGCGGCAGACGCUCCACCACCACCGCCGCCCGCAGCACCAAGGGCGCAGGUGUAGGGGACCGGAACUCUCCGGGGACGACGAGCAUCUCUAUGAGACGGCCCGUGGUGACAAGAUCCACUUGUUCACCAACUGCAAUGGGCUGAGCUCCGUCCCGCCGGAUCAAGUCCUGAUUGGCUUUCGCUGCCACUGCGGCCACUGCGCAGCAGAUCCUCAGAACUCCGAGUUCCUCUGGACCGGGCUCGCUUUUCAGGUGGCCACCGGCCGCGUCGUGCGCCGGUACCAUGGCCAACAGCGAGGCUUCCAGCCCUGUGCGCGGGACGCUCCGCCCUACCAGGGGCUCGCCGAGGCAUUGAGUGGUUGGAAAACUCAUAUUCUGCCUCGCCCCCCGCAUGCUGCUGCUGCAACAGCCGAAACGCGCCUUCAUUCCGCUGAGCUCGAUCGCCGAUGCGAGCUCUUCCUUCGCGGCGACUGGCCUGCCUGCUUGCUGCUUGCUGCCGAGGCAGCCAUGCGAACCCCCGAGCUUGCAGCCGCGCGCGAUGUUCGAACAGACGUUGAAGCUCGCAGUGCAAGGGCUACUGCGCUUGUCCAUGUCGGUGAGCUGUCGGCGGCCGUGCGGGCCCUCAUCUCCGAACCGCUCGCCCCUGGCUCAGCUGAGACGCUCCAGGAGCUCCGCGACCCAGCGAACCGGCCCCUGCUCCUUAUGUUCCUCUCGAUCCUGAGGCGCACAGUCGCCCUCCGAAAGCCCAGUGGUCGCGUGCGAGCCCUCGUCGUCGGGGACGUGCUGUGCCGACUGGCCGCAGAGGGAACUUUUGUCACAAAAGCUGGCAAUGCACUGCCGCUUCCGCUCGCGGGCGCUUCAGCUUUUGUGCGUGCCUACGCAGCCUCCCUGCUUGAGCUUCCGCCCGCCGGUGAUGCCUGCGCCGCGGGUGAGGCGCCGGAGCUGCACGAAAUCACUGCUGACGUGGGGGACAGCCUCCCACCAUCUCCCACCUGUUGCCGCUUGGCUCCGGAUGCUCCCCGGCAUCGUGCCUCGGACGUGCAGGUUGCCAUGCGAGUGCUCGUGGUGGGAGCACCUCCGUCGGGCCAGGUAGGCACUUCGGGACUCGGGCAGCCGGAAAAGAGGGCGUUAGUUGCUACUGCAGCAUUUGUCAUGCAUAUGAAGGAGAAGCCGCCCACAGCAGAGGAAGUGGAAGAGCGUGGUUCUCAGCACGUGACCGUGCUGCGCAAGAUUUGCGAGAAUGUGCAGAAGCGCGUCCUCACCAGGGGCGACCUUAACUCUGCUCGGAAUCCGUCCGCAGCAGUGCUGGUCCGCAUCCGUGAUGCACGAGUGGAAGACAAGCCGCAGCGUGGCCGAACGGCGUCGCGGCCCAUGGGCUUGCCAAGCAGCUCAGAGGUAAACGGCUACAUCAAGGCAAAUGGUGUAAACGAAGUAGCCGCACAAGCUCUCCGGAGCUGUUCGCCCACCGUCAAGCGGACUGUCCUGAGCAGCGGCGAUGUCAUAGGUGCUUUCGAUCCUUCAGCUGCCCUCCUUGCAAAAAUAAAGGAUGUCAGAGCCGGUGGAACUGGAAACAUCAACCUUUCCUCUAUGGGGAUGAUGCCAUCCAUGCCCAGUGCGACUGACAUCGAUGCCUUUGUUGAAUACAACGAUCUAGAUGAAAGCGCCGAAGCGCAACUCAGGGCCUGUCCGCCCUACGUUAUUGCCCUGGUACUUGGCAAGGGAGACCUUCGGGGCACUCGAAACCCUUCCUCUGUGGUGCUCUCGCGGAUCCGUGAGGCGAAGGUUGGGGACAUCGUAGAAGCAUCGGGGGGCGAACUUUGCGAUUUGAGCGUAAUUCAGGUCAGAUGGCCACAUGUGGUCACGCCUAGGCUGUAUUCCUGA